AUGCAACGGAAUGAAUGUAAUGUCAUCCAUCUCAUCCCCACCGAUGCUACCAAUUUUCCAUCUCCCUCCAACGGCUCAGAUCUCUCCCACGUGUCACAGAAACAGCUUUCUGCGUCCCUCGUCCUUUGCACCGGAAAACCCGCUGCUUUUCCAAAAUGGUGGUUUGAUCUGCUGCUCCUAACACAGCAUAAGAUGAACAUGGUUGGCCUGGUAAAUCGCAGCAUGUUUCAGGCAAGCCAUCUCAAUGCAAGUUUUGGUAGUGGUGGCAGAAAACUGCGACACCGGCUCAAUAAGCGUAUGACAGUAAUUCCCAUUGGCACGGUUUAUAGUAGCUUACAGUAG